AUGUUCAUCGUAGAAGACAAAGGCAGUGCCAUUGCUCUCAUGUGUGCCGCCCUCCUCUUCUUGGGCACAUGGCCAGCAUUGCUCACCCUGUUGGAGCGCAGGGGACGGCUACCGCAGCACACGUACCUUGAUUACUCAAUCACCAACCUCCUCGCCGCAGUCCUCAUUGCGCUCACCUUGGGCCAGCUUGGGGAGAGCAAGCAAAACAUGCCCAAUUUCUUCACCCAACUCACUCAGGAUAACUGGCCUUCGGUGCUGUUUGCAAUGGCAGGGGGUCUUGUGCUCAGUAUUGGGAACCUUUCUACACAGUAUGCUUGGGCAUAUGUGGGUCUCUCAGUUACUGAGGUUAUAUGUGCAAGUAUGGUUGUUGUAAUAGGCACAACACUGAAUUAUUUCCUGGACAACCGCAUCAACAGGGCAGAUAUUCUUUUCACUGGAGUGGCAUGCUUCCUUGUUGCAGUCAUCCUUGGGACUGCUGUACACGCUUCUAAUGCAGCGGAUAAUGAAGAAAAACUAAGUGAAUCCGCAAAUGUCUACAACCUUGGGUAA